AUGCUGUUUGGGUAUGGCUUUGUGGGGGUGUCUGACACCCCUGAGGGACUGCAAAUGCAAACUGAUGCGGCGAAGGAGUUUUCUGAUAAGUGGAGAUUGUCUGCCAAUGUUAAGAAGAGUGUCGUCAUGGUAUGCAACGAGAACAGGGAGGAACCACGGAAAAGGCCAAAGCACGAGCAGACGGAGAGCGUAAUCGUACCGCCGCUAGAGUACGCCGGAGAAGUAUGGGAAGGAAAUAAGAAGGUAGUGAAAGAGCUCGAGGCGGCGCAGAUGAAAGCAGCGAAAGUCAUCCUAGGAUGCUCCAAGCGCACAAGUAAUGCGGCCGUCAGGGCAGAACUGGGGAUCCAAUCCCUACGGUCGGGACGAGACGCGAGGAAGCUGACAUGGCAGUAUCGCAUGUGCGGGAUGGGAGAGGAGAGGUUACCGAGAAUUGCAUGGGAGGCGAAGUGGGCAAACAACAAGAGGGGUAGACAACCCACGGAGUGCGUCAAGGUUGUAGGUGACGUAUGGAAAGGGUUCGAAAUCGACGAAGACAAUGCGCUGGAUACGGAGGGUCUAAAGGGUUUCAAGGAGAACAUGUCUGUUGCUUUUGCCGAGAGAGAACAGAAUCUAAGAAAAGAAACCAAGGAUAAGGAGGGCAUAGAGGUGUACGGAAUGUUGAAAUAA